CAUGACUUAUUAUUACCCUGCCCUGGUGUUGUUGCAGUGUCAGGGGAGGUGACAUAUCACGGUUGGUCCCGUGCCAGCACAUUCUUGGGACCAGACCUUAUAUCUCCUGUCCACACGGCUCACAUAAAAAGCUGCCCAUUGUUUCCAGCGGCCACUGUUUGACCCUCCACAUCUCUAUAGACACCCGUUUGCAGGUAAAGAAAAAGACAAUAAUAUUUGAUAGUUUUAUGUCUCGCAUUUUGUGUGGAUUCAAUUCAAAUUCGGUGUAGUUGUGUUUCAGUGUUUUGUUCUGGUUUAACAUUCAAGUUUAAAUUACAGUUUGUCCGGUAGAGCUCUUAUUAUACACAGCAUUUUUACAGUGUGGUCAAGUUUAUCAUCAAAUUACUGCAUCGUUGUAAAAUGUGUCGGCCGGAUGAGAGUAUUUACUUUUUCCAAAUCGUCUACUUGUAACCACAGCUGUCAGGUUUCUGUCUGUUUCAUCGUUUCAUCCAGAGCUUUCUUAACAAAUCUGUCAAGCUGCAAACCACCAGGAUAAUGCUGAAUACAGGGAGAGGGGACUGUUCUCGCCAUGUCCUUGCUUUAAUCCUCUUGUCAAGGGUUGAGAACUGUUUACAAUGUGGCGCCUUGAUGGGUCAUUGCUAUAUCGGGGUGCCGUAACACCCCUAUAUUACUAUACUAAUACUAAUGGCUGUUUCUCUCCUGUGUUUUUUCACUAUAGUUGUGAGAAAAAGCCUCCCGACUCGGACGAUGAAUCCCAAAGGGGAUAAGCCGAAGUCGAAGAUUUCGGCUUCUCGCAAGCUCUCUCUGAAGAUGCUUCUCCUCACAAGAGCCUGUGAGGAUUUGGAGAGGGAGAGGCAGGAGAGGGAGGAGGAGAAAGUGCGCUAUAUAGGAGAAAACCUGCCCCCUUUGCAAAUGUCUGGGUUAUCACUGGACGAACUACAGAAAAUGGUCAAGGAGCUUCACUCAAGGAUCGAUGUCGUGGACGAGGAGCGAUAUGACUGCGAAUCCAAAGUGGGCAAACACAACAAAGAUAUCCACGAGCUGAAGCUGAAGAUACAGGACCUCGGAGGCAAGUUCAAGAAGCCUGCCUUGAGGAAGGUGAGGGUGUCGGCGGAUGAGAUGAUGAGAGCUCUCCUGGGCUCCAAGCACAAGGGCUCGAUGGACCUCCGAUCCAACCUCAAGUCCGUGAAGAAGGAGGACGUCAAACAGGACAAGGUGCUCACCUCUGAAGUGGGCGACUGGCGUAAGAACGUGGAGGCCAUGUCGGGCAUGGAGGGCCGCAAGAAGAUGUUCGACACAGCCGGGGGGCCGCAGUGAGAUGCUUUGGGAGGAGUCCUGCGCGGAUGAUGAAGGUGGAUAAGAACGGGGGGGGGGAAAGAGGAAAGAGGUCCGGGUAGACGUAUGGGAUGGAUCACAAAGGUCAUGAGCAUUUACAACCACCGGUACGUUAGCUGUGCCUCGAUUUUCUAGAUGACCAUUUUUUUUUUGUGUGCAAUGACUCAAAGUGUAGAAUGAGACCCGUUGUUUUUUUUGAUAACAAAAGUACAUUAUUCUUGUUUUGCUAUGACAUCUUUGGACAAUUGAAAUGGAUUUGAUUAAAGUUGUGCUCUGUGA